GUUUGCAGCCUCUGACACCUGGUUCCACACCUUCUGAAGACACAUGGGAAUUAAGAACAACGUGACUGAGUUUAUUCUCCUGGGGCUCACACAAAGCCCUGAGGGACAAAGAGUUCUCUUUGUUGCAUUCUUAUUCAUCUACAUUGUGACGCUAGUGGGCAAUCUGCUUGUCAUGGUGACCAUCAUGGCCAGCCAGUCCCUGGGUUCCCCAAUGUACUUCUUUCUGGCUUACUUAUCCUUUAUAGAUACUGUCUAUUCUACUGCCAUUGCUCCCAAAAUGAUUGUAGACAUGCUCUAUGAGAGAAAGACUAUUUCCUUCCAGGCUUGUAUGACUCAAGUCUUUAUAGAUCACUUCUUUGCCGGCGCUGAAGUCAUUCUUCUGGUGGUGAUGGCCUAUGACCGAUACGUGGCCAUAUGUAAACCUCUUCAUUAUCUGAUCAUUAUGAAUCGGCGGGUAUGUGUGCUCAUGCUGCUGGUGGCCUGGACUGGGGGCUUUCUACACUCAUUGGUUCAAUUUCUCAUUAUUUAUAGGCUCCCUUUCUGUGGCCCCAAUGUCAUCGACAACUUUGUGUGUGAUAUGUAUCCCUUAUUGAAACUUGCUUGCACCAAUACCUACCUCAUUGGGGUGUCUAUGAUAGCUAAUGGGGGGGCAAUCUGCACUAUCACCUUCUUCAUUCUUCUAGUUUCCUAUGGGGUCAUAUUAUACUCCCUUAGGACACGUGGUUUAGAAGGGAAACGCAAAGCCUUCUACACCUGUGCGUCCCAUAUGACUGUGGUCAUUUUAUUUUUCGUCCCUUGCAUUUUCCUGUAUGCAAGGCCCAGUUCCACCUUUCCCAUUGAUAAAUCCAUGACUGUGGUUUUGACUUUCAUAACUCCUCUGUUGAACCCCUUAAUCUACACCCUGAGAAACGCAGAAAUGAAAAAUGCCAUGAGGAAACUUUGGAGUAACUGUGUGGCCUUGGUUAGAAGGGGGCUGCUUCCCACAUGCAGAACAUGA